AUGGCACACGCGACAGAAAAUACCAUCACAAAGUUUGAGAUAGUCGGGAACACAGACAGCUCGUAUCCUUUGAUCAUCUUCUUCCACGGCUCAGGCGACUCCUGUGCGUCUUGGGCGGAUUUAGCAGAACUCCUGGGUCCCGCGUACCAGGUUCUGCUGUGGGACAGGCAGGAUCCAUACAUCAGAACCGAUAUAGCCAUCUCAGAGCUAUUGGAGUUUCUCGAUAGAAGGGACACGAAUAAGCAAUACGUGCUCAUCGCGCAUUCAUUCGGCGGCACAUUUGCAAGGCUAUUCCUCGAAGCAAGACCGCAUCAAGUCGCAGGAAUAGUCCUCGCUGAGACGGGCGCAGAACCAACGAUAGACGCCCAACUCGAACAAAGACAGUAUGAUAAGAAGAUCUUGGGGAACAAACCACUUGUCGUCAUUCGUGGCAAUACUCUGAAAUGGAAACAAUUACAGUACGAUCAAGCCAUCGCUGCAGAGCAAAACCUCGCCAGCCCAACCCUGUUGAUGCAGAAGAAGCUUUUGGACGCGACAGACAAAGAAGACGAGAGGUUGAAAAAGGCACAGUUGCAACUUUCUAGGAAUAAUCGAUAUGUGCAUAUCCCAGAUGUCAGUCAUGAUGUGAUCAUCGAGAAGCCGGAAGCUGUGAGGGAGGCUGUUUGUUGGGUCAUGGAGCAUUUGCAGACUGGUGAAGAAGAGGAGCGAGAGGAAGAAGAGACACCAGUGCGUAUAGUAGAAGAGGGCGAGACUGUUAAGAAGAGCUUUGGGGAUAGGUUGAGAGGAGCGAAGAAGAUGUCUUUGAGGGAAAGUCUGUUCAAACUGUUCAGGAAGUCUGAUAGGUGA